AUGUUUGCCAGCAAUAAGUCUUCACUUCUUGCCCGCUUCACUCGUACACUUAACUCUGAGUUUGCCACUAAAGACUUAGGCUCUCUCAGCUAUUUUCUUGGUCUUGAAGCCACUCCAACUUCUGAUGGUCUCUUCAUCAGUCAACUCAAAUAUGCACGGGACAUUCUUACUCGAGCUCAAUUAUUUGACAGUAAACCUAUUCACACGCCCAUGGUUGGUUCUCAACAUCUUUCUGCUGAUGGUUCUCUGUUUUCAGACCCUACUCUCUAUAGAUCCCUCGUCGGUGCAGUACAGUACUUGACUAUCACAAGGCCCGACAUUGCUCAUGCUGUCAACUAUGUCAGUCAAUUCUUACACGCUUCCACUGAUGAUCACUUUCUGACUGUUAAACGCAUCCUCCGCUAUGUUAAAGGCACCAUUCACUAUGGCCUACAUUUUUGCCCUUCCACUUCUCCUGGUGCUCUUGUAGCCUAUUCUGAUGCUGAUUGGGCCGGCUGCCCGGAUACUCGUCGUUCGACCUCUGGUUAUUCUAUCUAUCUUGGCGACAAUUUAGUUUCCUGGAGUUCCAAGAAACAGCCGACUGUCUCUCGUUCCAGCUGUGAAUCUGAGUAUCGUGCCCUUGACUCCACUGCCACUGAACUCAUCUGGCUCACACAUCUCCUACUGAGCCCGCGGAGAAACCAGUGCACCUUGUCAGUACCAUCAACUGGACAACCAAUUGCAUGUAGUUGA